AUGUUAUAAUAAUCUGAGAAGGACUUCACAAUUGAGCAAGUGGUUGGGACUGGCACUUUUGGCAUGGUGCAUCUGGUAUGUGUGGAUAGAAUAAAAGUUAGGCCACUGAUAAUAGAACGAAGGAGAAGGUUGCGAUUAAGAAGGUGUACUAGGAUCGGAGAUACAAAAACAGAGAGCAUUUGAUCAUUUAAGAAUUGAAUCACCCGUGCGUGGUUAUGUUACGCCAUUCGUUUUUCACCCCUGGAGAGAAUGUAUAUUGGAGUUUGUAUUGAUUGUGUAGCCACAAGAUGUGUACCUCAAUCUUGUGAUGGAAUACGUACCAGAGACACUUUCGAAGUUGAUACGUCAGAUACGCAAGCAGAAGCAAACGAUCCCACCCACAUAACUCAAGCUCUACAGUUAUCAAAUGCUUCGUGCGCUGCUCUACCUGCAGGGUACUGAGACUUAUCCCAACUAGCCAUCGGAAUAUGCCACAGAGACAUAAAACCCCAGAACAUCCUGAUCAACCUUGAAACCAACGUCCUCAAAAUUUGUGAUUUUGGCUCAGCUAAAAGACUGGUAGUAGGUGAACCUAACAUUGCGUACAUUUGCUCUCGCUACUACAGAGCGCCAGAAUUAAUUUUUGGAGCGACCGAUUACACUACAUAAAUCGACAUGUGGUCCAUUGGUUGUGUCAUCGUUGAAAUGGUUAUAUUGGAACCCAUCUUCCCAGGAGAGAGUGCCCAAGACUAAUUAUUGUAGAUCAUCAAGAUUCUUGGCACACCAACUCCUGAAAUCAUUAAACAAAUGAACCCAGCCAAAGCCGAAGUCAAAUUACCCAUGAUCAAAGGCAAUCCCUGGUCUAAAGUCUUGGGCAAGCACAAACCAGAUCUAUUAUUUUUGGAUCUCAUUUCACAAAUGCUAACGUAAAUUACAUCCUUCUUAAUAUUUAGUUACUCUCCCAAAGCCAGGAUUCAACCCAUCGAUGCACUCCUGCAUCCAUACUUUGACGACCUAAGAAAGGAAGAAUUUGCCAAAUUAAAUAUCAAAUCGCCAAACCUAUUUGACUUUAACAAGCAAGAACUAAGCAUCAGACCAGAGCUCAAUUCUAAAUUAAUCCCACAAUGGUAUUAAAAGCUAAAUACCUGAUUAAAUUCCAAAAUAAAUAAUUAUAUAUGUAAAUAAUGC